AUGAUAAUCAAAUACUACGGACACAAUUCAUUGAAAAAAUUUGUUAAAGGGAAACCCAUUAGAUUUGACCACAAGUUUUGGGCCUUGUGUGGCGUGUCUGUAUAUUGUUAUAACUUUGAACUAUAUUGCGGUAAAAAUGAAGAUGAAAGUCAAUAUGAUGAUCUCACUCUUGGAAGCAGAGUUGUUCUUCAAAUGCUUGAAGUAGUAGAAGAUCUUCUCUCACACUGUGUAUAUUUUCAUAGUUUAUUCACAAGUUAUGAUUUGCUGGUUCACUUGUUAGGGAAAGGAUUCGAAGAAACAGGCACAAUGAGAGAAAAUCGACUAAAGAUAUGUCCAUUGAAAGAUUCACAAUUGAUGAAAAAGGAAAACAGAGGAUGUUAUGAUAACACAGUUGAUGUGACCAAUGAAAUACUUAUUGUCAAGUGUCUUGACAAUAAAUGUGUGUCAAAUAGUACACACUUUGAUGCAAUUGAACCAACUAGUAAUGUACUUCGCUAG